CAUCAUUAAAUUGCAGCAAUGGAAAUCUAUAUGUGCGUAAGGCUCAAAUUGAACUAUGUAACUAACCAAUUUAUUUAGCAAUGAUAGGUACAGAUAAAACCUUAUAAAUGUCAAACCAAUAUGUCCGCUUCACAGGAUACAUGACUCGGAGACCAGAUAAGAUGGGACUGUGUAGAAUGACAGCCCUAAGGUUUGGUAAACGAGUAGCCAAAUCUGUGGUUGGUCCACUACCGACAGAUUGGCCAUACAGAAUAAUAUCUUCCUCUUACGCCCCAUACAUUUCUACCAGGCAUUUAUAUGCAGCUUCUAUAUCUGCAUACGUGUUCUGCUCACUAGGCUGUCAAAAAAAUAUUCUUCAACUCACUCCCAUUCCAGCAAAAUAUUAAGCUACCUCGUGACAUUCUAACUCAUAAAACAUUGAACAAUAAUAGAAUGAUAUAAAAAGAAAUAAGCAAAUAUAGAAACCUUCGCUCAAAAUGACUUGAAUGACUUUGUUCGUGUAAAUUUUAAGGUAACUUAUUACUGGCAUAGCUUUUAAGUUGAUUGUUGUAAAAGUCGAUACAUUUAUUAUACUGAUUAAAUGACAACAUAAAAAAGGACUCUUUAAAUGAUUGGUGGAUAUAGACUAUUUACUUGUAAUUAAAUUAAAUUUCUUGUUCUAUAGCCGUUCAACAUAAAUCAUCUACUUCUUUCGACUUUACUUAAGUGAAUAUGUUAUUCUAUGAUUAAAAGUUGGUUUAAUACCUUUUUUGUCCCUCGAAAGGGGCCAAAUGUUCAAUGUGGUCCUACGUUUUUUUAGAAGUUCAAUGUGGUCCCAACUUUUGUAAAAAGUGUGCAAUUAAAUCCUUUUUGGUAACGACGUUAAUUUUUUAACGGGCCAGCUGACAGGGUGGACUAAAGUUUGCUACGUGGCUGUGUGAGGGUAAUACGUGGCUGUGUGAGGGUAAUACGUGGCUCUGAGAGGGUAAACAUGUGCAUAUUACUGUGGUUAAGAAAUCAGAGAUUAGGGUUUGGGUUGCAGAGAAAUUGGUAAUUUGGGAUUUAUCAUGGUGGAGGAAGUGCGUUGAAAUCUGAAGCGCGAAUUGGAAACCGCAAAUAUGAAGCGCAAAUUGGAAAUCGCAAAUCAGGUUAGGGUUUAUGUUUGAUAAUUUUAUGAAAUGUAGUUGUUGUAUAUGUUAUCACUGUUGUCGCUUUAUAGGGGGUUUAAGUAGGGGUGAAAAGUUGUCUUGUUUUGAUGGUUGAUAGUGGUCCCAUAGAUAUUAGUUUAACUUAAAUUAGUGGUCCCCGUUUGCAUUUGCAGGGUUCGGGUAGGGAUGUGUAAUGACAUGUUUCAGGUUGUGGUCCAUCACGGUGGGACCUUGAUCAAAGAAGUCCCCUUUAAGUAUAUGGGCGGGGAGAUAGUUUAUUGGGACGUAGAUCCCGAUAAAUGGUGUUAUUUUGGAGUAUUAGGUUCACUUAAAGAUCUGGGUUACAUGGAAGUAAAAGAAUUAUAUUACAAUAUCCAACAUGUUUUACAUAAGCUUGAUGAUGAUAAAGGAGCUAUGAACAUGAUGAAGGUGGCUAAUUAUUUGGGGAAAGUGAACCUCUAUGUUGUGCAUGGGGUGGACGAACCAGCUAUUGUAGAAAAUGAUGAGAAUGAGAUUCUGUACCUACGUAAAGAAGUAGUGGAAGUGGAAGUGCAUGGGGUGGACGAACCAGCUAUUGCAGUGGAGGUUGACAAUGAGGAUAGAGUUGAGUUUCAAAGUGAAGAAGUAGUGGAAGUGGAUAAUGUGGAUGAAGUUGAGCUUGAAAAUGAUGAAUUAGUGGAAGUGGACAUUGAGGAUGGAAGGGAGGUUGAAAAUGAAGAAGAAUUGGAAGUGGACAUUGAGGAUGGAGGGGAGGUUCAUACUGGAGAAGAAUUGGAAGUGGACGUGGACAGUGAUGAUGAACCACAAAUGGAUGAUCUAAGUGGUGAUGAAUAUGUGGAUGCAGACAAUGAUCAAGAAACCCAACAACAAUGCAGGGGUUUGUCAGAUGAUGAUGAUUGGGAGUCUGGUAUGCUUGUAACUCCUGAAAACAGUACAAGUGAGGAGGAUGACAAUGAGGAUAGAGUAUCUGUGAGUGGUUUCUCAAAAUAUGCAAAACAGAAGUCCAUGGCAGAUUACAAGUGGGAAGUGGGCACCAUUUUCAGUGGGAAGGAAGACUUUAAGGAUGCUAUUAGAAGGUAUGUUGUUCAUGCUGGGAGGGAUCUAAAAUUUGUGAAGAAUGAUAAGCGUAGGGUGAGGGUGCACUGCAUGGGUGGCCAAGGUAAGUGCCCAUGGGUAGCUUACUGUGGGUACUUGCCAUCACGUAAAAUUUGGCAAUUAAGGAAGAUAAUUGAUACUCACAGUUGUAGUAGGCAACUUAACAUCAAACUAAUGAAUGCUCAGUGGUUGAGUCAAGAAAUAGAUAGGUCUUUAGUUGACAAUCCUAAUUUAAGGGUGAAUGAUAUUCGUACUAAAGCAUUAAGAAAAUGGAAUACAAAUGUAUCAAUAUCCAAGGCACGAAGGGCAAAGUUAAUUGCCACAAGACAGGUUGAAGGAGAUUUCAAAGAACAGUAUAAAAGAAUAUACGACUAUGGACAUGAGCUGUUGAGGUGUAACCCAGGUUCAACAGUGCAGAUUAAAGUUGACUCUCAUAAUGGUGACCCAAUCUUCCAAAGAAUGUAUGUUUGUCUGAAAGCUUGUAAAGAUAGCUUCAUCAGUUGUAGGCCCAUUAUAUGUUUAGACGAAUGUUUUUUGAAAGGUUAUUACAAGGGGGAGCUGCUCACUGCUGUUGGUAGGGACCCAAAUGAUCAAAUGCUACCCCUUGCCUAUGCAGUAGUAGAAGUGGAGAACAAAGACAGCUGGACAUGGUUUUUGCAAUUAUUAAUUCAAGACCUGGGGGGUAGUCAAGUAUGUGGGGGGUGCACGUGGAUGCCAGACCAGCAAAAGGGGUUGGUCCCAGCUAUCCAAGAGCUUCUGCCUGGGGCAGAACAAAGAGUCUGUCUGAGGCACCUGUAUGCAAACUUUAGGAAAAGGUUUGGUGGUCAAAUUUUAAAAAAUCUGAUCUGGAGAGCUGCCACAAGCACAUAUCCACAGGCUUGGGAGAGAGAGAUGCUGAAAAUUAAAGAAGUCAAUAUUGAAGCAUAUAAAUACCUCAUAGGCAUUCCCCCGAGGUUUUGGUCAAGAUCUCGCUUCACAGGUCAAGCAAUGACUGAUACACUAGAUAACAACAUCGGUGAAGCUUUCAACAGUGUUCUUAUUCAUUCAAGAGGAAAACCUAUUAUCACCAUGAUGGAGGAUAUCAGAGUUUAUCUCAUGAAAAGGUGGGCCACCAAUAGAACCAAGGUGGCAUCUAUGGACUUCACAAUAUGCCCAAAGAUAAAGAAGAGACUUGAGAAGGAAUGUACUCUGUCAAUAUUUUGGGUGCCAAGAUUUUUGAGGUUAGACAUACUUCAUCAGUUGGGAACAAGUUCACACUGGACCUGGACACAAAGGAGUGUAGCUGCAGAAAGUGGAUGAUUAGUGCCAUCCCAUGCUGUCAUGCAAUUGCAGCAAUGAACUUCUCCAACGUUGAUCCACAGAGUUAUGUCCCCACUGUGUUCACAAGAUCCACCUAUGAAGAGGUGUAUGCGUCCAUAAUUUUUCCACUCAAUGGCCACCUACUAUGGGAAACCACAAAUUUCAAUGAUGUACUACCACCACUGAUGAGGAAGAUGCCUGGGAGGCCAAAGAAAAAAAGGAGGUUGGAAGCAUGGGAGCUAACUAAGGAUGACACUCAAAUGCGUGUUGGUGGGCAUAGGAAAAAAUGUAGUAUUUGUCGUCAGAGGGGGCACAACAAGAAUAACUGCCCUUUAAAGCCCCAGCCAGCAGAAACAACACAACCAUCACAGCCUCCUCCAAGUUCCUCAACCACUCAACCAUCACAGCAACCAAGUCCCCAAUCAUCCCGGCCAACAAAAUGCAAAGUCAGAAGAAAAGAUACUUAGAUGAAUUGGGUUAUUAGAUAGUUAACUUACAUGGUGGUGUAAUAUGUACUGUUUGUUACAUGGUGGUGUAAUAUGUACUGUUUGUUACAUGGUGCUGAAAAUUAGAUACUUAAUUUACUUAGUGAACUGAUGUCUUUAUGUCUUUGUUUUAUGUGUCGUAAUGAAUGAAAGUGGUUUGAUGAUGUUACAUGGUGGUGUAAU